AUGUACUUCUUCUUGUGGAGCCUGUCCUGCUUAGAGAUCCUUAUUACAACUUCGAUAGUGCCUAAAGUCCUGGUGAGUCUUUUACUAGGUUACAAAACCAUCUCCUACUCAGGCUGCAUGGCCCAGUGCUAUUUCUUUUUCUUCUUGGGGAGCAGUGACUUUGUCCUGUUGGCUGUCAUGGCGUUUGACCGGUACCUGGCCAUUUGCAACCCACUGCGCUAUGCGUCAGUUAUGACGACUCAGCUUUGCCUGUGGCUAGUAGUGGGAUCUUGCACUGCUGGCUUUGUGGCUACAAUCCUCCCCACCAUCCUGGUUUUACAGCUCCCUUUCUGCCAUGACAACAGUAUUGACCACUUUUUCUGUGACAGCGUGGCCUUGAUGAAGCUAGCUUGUACAGAUACCAGCCUGGUGGAGCUGGCAAGCUUCUUCUCCUCCACAGCCACACUGUUGGGAUCUUUGAUUUUCACAGUGAUGUCCUACACCUACAUUGUCAGAACCAUUCUCAAGAUCCCAUCUGCCCCAGGGCGUCACAAGGCAUUCUCUACCUGCUCCUCUCAUUUCAUCAUUGUCAGCCUUGGAUUUGGCAGCUGCAUCUUCAUGUAUGUACGACCAUAAGGAAGUAACCCUUCCAUUAACAAGAUGGUUUCUUUGAUCAAUACAAUCCUGACCCCUUUAC